GCGGCCGUGACGAAGAACGUUUCUUCUUUGACGCGCGAUAAAAAUAUUGGAAUUUCUUUUUGAAAGUAGAAUAAAAAUGUCACCUAAAGUAGUUGAGAGUACUCAUGGAUAUUCAGCAAAGGUCGCUGCUAUAUUCCUAUUCAAUCUGUUAACAGGAGUGGGUAUCCUAGCACUUCCUGCAGCUGUUGCUAAGGCUGGCCUUGUAUCUGGUAUAUUGGUUCUAGUUACUGUUGCAUUUAUGGCUUUUGUGAGCCUUACUUUUGUUGUAGAAGUUCUUUCAACUGCUAAUGCAUGGACAAUGUUACAUCCAAAGACAAAUUCCAAAGGAUCUUCUCAAAUCUAUCCUUGUAAAAAUGUUGGAGAGAAACUAGCAGCAAAAAGUAAGGUGACAAGCAAUGGGGGGUUUAACCCUUUUGAAAUAAAAGAAAAAGUCGAAAUGGGCCACAUGGCGGAAUUAUUUCUAGGGAGUGCUGGAUCAACAUUCUUCUAUGCUGUACUAUGUCUUUAUUUAUAUGGGGAUUUGGCUAUAUAUGCCGUUUCUGUUGCUACAACCUUAACAACAACCACAGGCGCAGACCCAGACAUAUCCUACUAUUCAUUCCUUCUAGGAUUUCUCAUGAUUAUUGGACCAUUUUGCUUUUUUAAUUUUCAAAAGACAACAUAUUUACAAAUGUUCACCAUGAUAAUGCGAAACACUGCUAUAGUUUUAAUGGUGAUCUUGAGUGCGGUUGACAUCGCCAAUGGUAACAGAGUUCCUCUUGAUAAUAUUAUUCUCUGUGACGUACCAGAAACUAAGGAGCUUCUUGGCAUGGCAGUGUUUUCCUUUAUGUGUCAUCAUUCCAUUGCUCCUAUUAUUCUCCUACUAAAAGACAAGAAAAAAUCUUUUGCUGUCAUAUUGUUUGACUAUGUGAUAGAAUUACUGUACUCUUCUAUACUCAUACUAAGUGCUGCAAUAAACAGGCCAGCAUCAGAGAUAAAUUCUCUCUAUACACUGAACUUUGGAGACUACCCUAUUGAAAUGCUGGCAAAGUUUUUGAGUUUCUAUCCAGUUUUUACUCUGAGCAGUAACUUUCCUUUGGUUUGUAUCACUUUGAGAAAUAAUCUACUGACUUUGUUUAAAGCUAAGCAAUUUGGAUACAGUCAACAAGUCUUUACACUGGUAGCACUGAUCCCACCAGCAGCCAUUGCAAUCUUCGUUCAUGAUAUUAGGAAAUUGGUUGUUCUUACGGGGUCCUUUGCAGGUUUGGCAAUAAUGCUCGUUACUCCUGCACUCCUUGUACUUUACUCUCGUCACCAACUGCAGUGCAUAAUAGGAUCACACUGGAGAGACAUGCAUCCACAUCUAUCACCAUUCCAGCACUCUGCAUGGAUCUACUUGGUGCUUAUCUUUUCAGCCUUUGUAUUGUUUUCCAAGAUAUUUUAGAAAAAACAUUCAUUAUAGAAUGUUGGCUGAAACAAACAAUGGAUAAA